ACAAACGAAAUAGCUGUGCGGAAUCAUAGCUAGUUGUGGCGUGUUUACGUUUGUUUAUUGGUGUCUUGCAACCGUUCUUAUUUGAUCGUUCGAUCAGCUGAAGAUUUUAUGGUGUUGUCCAUUGAUAGCACCGUACAGUAAAGAGCAAUUUCAUCCCGUACAGCAGACAAAACAGGCGGCAUCACAUCGCAUCGCGUUUACCUGCUAGCACCAACCAACACACGAAAUGGGCGAUUCAGAUGACGAAUACGAUCGCAAACGGCGCGACAAGUUCCGUGGAGAACGCAGCGCUGGUGGAGGUGGAGGCGAUAGCUACGGACGCGGAGCCGACCGACCAGAUCGUUCGCGAGCCAGAGAUGAUUGGCCCGAUCGGGUGCGACCACGACAGGAUUACCGUGACUACAGGCCACCGCCAAGAGAUCGUGGCUAUUCUCCUGCGCGCGAAGGACCCACUGUAAAGCGUAUGCGUGGCGACGGUUGGGGUGACGAAGGUCGGCACCGAUUUGGGGGUCAUGACGGGUACGGCAUGUAUGGGUAUGCACAUGAGCAUUUCGGGAUGCAUCCCACGGUCGGACCUUACGGCCAUCAGGCAGCAAGCCACCAGAGAGAGCAAGCCGCAUCAGGCGAUUUGCAAACACAGCCCUGCAUGAUGACGCUGAAACAGUUUCUGGCCACGCAGGACGAUUCUAUCUCCGACUCGGACGCAAUUACCAAGUACAACGAGUACAAGCUUGAAUUCCGCCGUCAGCAGAUGAACGAGUUUUUUGUGGCACACAAGGACGAAGAAUGGUUCAAGAUCAAGUACCACCCCGAAGAAUCGCAAAAACGCAAGGAAGAGCAACUAUCCUUCCUGAAGCAUCGAUGUGAGGUAUUUUUAGAGCUGCUAAACUCUAAAGAUAUCGCCAAAGUGUCGGUCGAUGCGUCGAACAGUGAUGCUCUGCUCCGCCUGCUGGAUACGGUGGUCAUCAAGCUGGAGGGCGGCACAGACGAGGAUCUUAAGGUGCUCGAUGAGAAACCUCCGGCAGCCGAACCGACAGCAACCACCAAAGCGGCAAUAGGGCCACAAAGUGCGGACAAGCUUAAAGCUGAACCGAAGGUAGAUUUACCGUCGAAAGAGGUGGUCGUAAAGAAGGAAGACGAUGGUUCCAAGCAGGAGGCCACAGCAACAGCAGAACGCAGUGGUGGGGGCUCGCAAGCGCACGAAGACACGCCAAGAAAUGGCAAAACAACCGAGCCGCACGAUGAUGAUGAUGAUGACGAUGCUGGAGAGAAUCGCGAUAAGGAACGGUCGGUUGAUCAGAAGACAGCGGCGGCACGUGAUGAUGGUGACGAUGAUGGGGACAGUGAAGAGCAACAGCAGCAGCAGCAGCAGCAGGAGCAGCAGAAAAAUGAAUCGGAAGAUGGUAGAAAGAAGCGCAGCCGUUCCGAUUCCGGCUCAAGCUCGUCGUCCUCAUCGUCCUCCUCCUCCAGCGAUUCGGACGACGAAAAGGAUGAUGCCAAGGAGGAUAAGCAUGAGGAAGAAAAUGUUAAACUGCCGGGAGAGAUAAAAACGGAGAAAGCGGCCACCACCGACCACGGUAAGGAUGGAGAGGAUGGAGACAAGCCUGAGGAUGUGCACAUGGCGGAGGAGGGUGAUAAUGAGGAUAGUGCAGGCAAGCGAAAAGACCGUUCCGAAUCGCAGGAACCCGCGAAGGAUCCGGAUGCGUCCGACGCUGCCGAUGCAGACGGUAACAACGAUAACGACGAGAAGAAGGUGGACAAUGAAAGCGAGGCAAACAAUCAGCAGAAGGCGGAAACGAUCGAUCUGGUUAAAGAUUCUGCAGCCGACAGUAGUGGAUCGCGGGCGCUGCAUCGUACGAGCUCAAUUUUCCUGCGAAAUUUGGCACCGUCCAUCACAAAGGCCGAGGUAGAAGCUAUGUGCCGUCGGUACAACGGAUUCCUGCGGGUGGCGAUCGCGGACCCGCUGCUAGAAAGACGCUGGUUCCGGCGGGGUUGGGUUACUUUCAAGCGUGAAGUAAACAUCAAGGAAAUCUGCUGGAACUUGAACAACAUCCGCCUACGAGACUGCGAGCUCGGUGCGAUCGUGAACAAGGAUCUCAGCCGCCGGGUACGUCCGGUAAAUGGGAUCACCUGCCACAAGACGGUGGUGCGCAGCGACAUAAAGCUUGGCGCCAAGAUAGCCCACAACCUAGACGACAAAUGGGGACUGUGGAAGGAAAGUCCAUCCGCUACCGGUGAUGCGGCCAACAAUGGGGGCGGCCCCACUAAGCCGCAGGAGGAAUCGUUCGGCCUGCAGUCGAAGAAUCCGGUACUGCAAAACAUUACCGACUAUCUGAUCGAGGAGGCGUCGGCCGAAGAGGAGGAACUGCUAGGGUUGACGGAGGACAGCAAGAAGGUGACGGAGGGCGAGCUGAUCGAGCGCGACCCGCAGCUGAUUGAGGUGCUCGAUCGGUUGAUCCUGUAUCUGCGCGUGGUACAUUCGGUGGACUUUUACAAUCACUGCGAAUAUCCGUACGAGGACGAAAUGCCCAACCGGUGUGGAAUUAUUCACGCCCGCGGACCACCCUCCCAGGGCAAGGUGACGGGCAACGAGAUCCAGGAAUAUAUACGCACAUUCGAGGGCAAAAUGGCUUCCUUCCUUACGCGGAUGAUCGAUUUGGACGAGGCCGAGAUGAAAAAGCUCGGUGCAAAGGAUGCCGAGGCGGAGGUGGAGAAGUUCAUCACCGCCAACACUCAGGAGCUCGCGAAGGACAAGUGGUUGUGUCCGUUGUCGGGGAAAAAGUUUAAGGGCCCCGAUUUCGUACGGAAACACAUCUUCAACAAGCACGCCGAGAAGGUGGAGGAAGUGCGCAAGGAGGUGGAAUACUUCAACAACUAUCUGAAAGAUUCCAAGCGACCGCAGCUGCCAGAACAUCCGGGCAACACGAAGAAGACAGGAUCGGAGAGCGCAUCGUCCAUCCCGGCAGCUAGUGCGCCCGGUUCGAGCUAUCGCAGCCAACCAUUCGGAAUGUCGCACAGCUAUGCACCGAUGUAUGCUGCGUAUGCUGCAGCACCCAUGAUGGCCCCAAAUCCCCGCGGAAGGGCAGGAUUUGGCCGAGGAGGAAGAGACACGGCGGUGGACCCUCGGCGACCGAUCAUAGCGUACAGUGACUUAGACAUGCCUAAUUUCAAUGAUAGUUUCUUCUAGUAAAUUCGCGGAUGUGUGUGUGUGUGUACAAUACAAUCUAGCCCCCAGGAUCCGAACACCGAAUAAAAAGCUCCUUCUUUCAAGUCGUCCAUUUUAAAUACAGUCGAAACAUUCAAUCACGA